CUAUUCAUUGUAUUCUUCUGUAUACUACAGUCAGACCCAGCCAGCUCGCUCUGUGUUUAUACACUCGGCUGCAGGAUUCCACAGUCUAAUGAGCCUGAAAAUGACUUCUAGAAGACGUAGUUCGAGUACAGAUGGGGAAGUGCUAAAGAGGGGUUUGCUGACCAAGUCUCCUGGUUGGAAAGUGUUUCGCAAUCGGUCGUCAUGGAAAUCCCGGAUCUUCAAACUGUGUAAAACACCGGAUAAUAAAUACCUUCUAAACUACUUCGCUCCCAAUGGCCUGGCAGAUGAAUUGAAAGGAACUAUUGACAUUUCUGAAGUCAAAGCUGUUCAAAGAGGAGUAAAUGCCACGGACAAGAUUAGUGUAGUUCUGCGCAUGUUCAACAUCACGGCAGAGAAUGUUAUAUAUAUAAAGGUUGCUGACCGCGAUUUCUAUCUCAUUGAUGAAAACGAGAAAGAGAUUGAAGAAUGGUUUAAUUGCAUUAGUCAGGUGUGGGUGGAGAUCAACAGAAGCACAAAUGUAGAUGGACCUGCAAUUGGGCACCCAGUACCUAUCAGCGUGCCUGAAAUGGAAAAAAGGCCAAAAUCGCACCCUUGUAACCAUCCUCAUUCGGGACAUGUCAUGACAAACACACUUUACAUACAGAGGUGUAACACAGAUUCGGGGGUGACCUAUCCUCCCAGCAUGAAUGCAUUCACUGGGACAUCAACACUGUCAGUGAAACAAACAGUUUCAAAAAAAGACAAUCCACAGCCGGAUUAUGACAGUGACCACGGAAUCGACCAAGACUCAGAGUAUGAUAAACUACCGCUACGUACACCGCCUUCUGGUAAAGUGUCACCUCGGGAAACUUAUCUGGAGUCAGGACCCGAUAGUGACAUUGGAAGUGACAGCGAGAGUGCAUACGAUUAUCCGCGGCCACAAUCAACGCUUCUGCCUGAAUUUAUUUCCAACGUACAGAGAAGCAGCAUUGCGAACAGUGAUCAGACCAGUGAUUCUGACUCAGAUGAAGAUAAUAUCUAUCAAGAAAUGAAGUUAUUCUCUGAAACUCAGGAUAGCAAUGCUCCAGAUAAGUCUGAAAUAAUAAAUAAACCUGCGAGUUGCGAAAAACGAAACAUAUUCAAGGGAAGUAGGCUGAAAAAAGUGCACCUGUUAACAAUGAGUUUUGAGGAAACAGAUACAGAAACGAUAAGUCUCAGCGUGCCAACAGAGCACAUGCUAAAAUAUUUAGCGGUGGAAAUAAUCGCAAACCGUUUACGUGUAUCCAAAUGGAAGGGCCCAAAGGAAAUUGGGUGUUUGUUUCGUUAUGGGGAUGACAUAGACACAAUGAAUGAUAUCAGAAUGGAGUCUUGUGAAUUGUUCUCACAAAUGUUAAACAACUCUAAAGGGAGAGAGGUGAAGCUGACAGUCGUUCGUUUCAAAAAAGCCAGUGUCUUUCACGCAGAAGGGUGUGACUGCAACAAAUCUUGAGAUCCGUGUCCAAGAGAUAUGAAGAAUAUCUUAGUGUGACUGGGUAGGAGAAGAAAUUGAUCUCCUUCAAUGGAUUUACCAGCCAUGAGCACCGACAUUCUGCAUUAUAAUUCUUAGCGUGAGCGACACCAUAGUCAUCACAGCUGCAAACUGUAACUGUCCAAGAAGGGCGUAAAGAAUAUAGAAUUCUAUGGAAUGUAUAGAAUGUUUAUUGAAGUAAUGCGAUGUUUAGCUGUGUUACAUUGUUACAUAGCUGAAAAGAGACUUGCGUCCAUCAAGCUCAGCCUUCGUCCAUUUGUUUUU